CAGACUGAUCGAGUGAACCUGGAGUGAAGCGAGUGAACAUCGAUGGACGGCGACACGGAGAGCACAAACACGUCUAUCGAGGACAAAACCGAGGACUUCUGCGACAACCCUACGCGGGAUGCAUUGACAGAAGGCCUCAUGUGUUUGCUGAAGCCCACAAUCGACCAGCUCGAUGAACGAGUGCGGGCCACCAGAAUCAGCCAGAUUGAACUUAAGCAGCAAAUCGAUGGUUUGGCGGAAGAGAUUAAGAGGAUUUCUGACGAGCAGCAGUGCCCAUUGGACUUGGAAAAUUACGUCAAAAAGCUUCUGAAUGCGAAAAGGCGAAUCACGGUUGUCAGCAACAUCCUCCAAGUCGCACAGGAGAGACUGAACAAGGUGCACCAGCUAAUCGAGAGAGAGUCUGCAAGGAGAAAAGCGCUGACAGAGCCGUCUCCAGUGACAAGUCCAAGCACAGUCGCUGGUGAGUUGAAUCCUUCAAUCCAGCAGAAAGAUGGAGAUCCUUUGCACUAGUCUGUCAUUUCACAUCUACAACUCAGCCGAAGACACGUUAUUCCCUACAAAUGGACUUGGAGUAAAAGUCAAUUUGCCUACAAUUCUUUGCGCUUCUGGGCUGGUUUACAUUUUGUAGCUGCGUUCCUGAAAGUAAUUUGCCUGCCCGCUCAUUUUGAGGGUUGAACUGAGAUUUCUGGAUCGCCAGCAGCUGAGAGACUGUGUAAUUUAGAUGGUUUUUCCGCCUGAAGCAAUCUCAUGGUUACUCCUAUCAAAUUUCCAUUCCUCGUUCCAGCAUCAAACAAAUAUUUUUGAAGUACAGACUUGUGUGUAGCAACUUGAACAUUUUUUUAGCAUCAAUGUAAGUUUUUGUUAUUUAAUUUUUCUAUGCCUUCAUUUUUCCCCACAUGUUAAAUCAUGUGAAGUAGUUGCUCUAAUAGUUCAUAGUUGACUUGAAUCUUGAUUUUAAAAGGGUACACUGAAACUCACUAUAAGAACAAUAAACUUUAUUUCACGGAUGUAUAGGAUCAGACUUCAUCUGUGUCGUCUCUGCAAAAUUUUCUUUGGCAAAAUCGUUAAAAGCAACCACUUCAAAUUUUGAAAGAGUUGGCGCACAUGUCUCUAUGCCAGGCGUCCUUUGUAAGAGGCGACUUCUCCUCUUAGAGAAAAUGGGCAGUUCUUCCAGUUGUGAUGUAGUGCGAGCUGGACUUGAGAGACUGGAUUCAAAGCGCAUUUUGUUUUAUUAUUUU